AAAAAAAUAAAUAAAAAAAAAUAAUCUGGAGGCCGACGGAAACAUAGCAAAAAUGUUUUCCAAAAUGACCAGCGACCGGAAGGUUUGUCCGACGAUUAAUCCGACUGUCAAAGCCGCGAUGACAGGACGGGACUUUAUAGCAGCGCAGAUGGAGCUGAGGCAGAUGGAAAGAGAUCGGGAGCAGCUCAAGCAGAAGGCCCAUGAGCGGAAACAGUAUUUGAUUGAUCUACAUCGCCGUAAUGAGGAGCUGAAGCAAAUCGCAAAGGAAGCACGUGAGCAACGCUUCAAGCUGGAAAUGUUUUUUCGGGACGAAGAAACGGAAUCCGACAGGUUGAUGGCUGAGAAGGAGAUGAAGGAGGCGUUGGAGAAGGAGGCGGAAAUACAGCGGCUGAAGGAGGAGUGUGAGGAGCUGAAGAAGAGGAAGCAGGAGAUGCAGCUUCAGACCCUCAAAUACAUACCCUACAGGGAGUUCUUGGAGCGCGUGCUCAAACUAACAAAAUUUACCAACGUGGACGAGCUCACGGGUUACUUAGAGAACCUCCUCUACAUCAGGGAUCAGCUGUACCAGAGGGAGACUCAGGUGCAGGAGCACAUGGAGCAGCAGAAGAAAGCCUGCCAGAGCCUGAAGGACAACCACAACCUGCUGUUGCUGCAAAAGAACAACCACCUGUCGCAGCUC